GUCACACUGAGGAGAGAAAGAGAGAGGGGUUUCGGCCAAACGAUCAGAGUGAUGUUCGAAAACGACGUGUCAAGCCGAGACGCAGCUGUAUUUAAAGCACAUUAUCCAGACAUUUUUAGCGAAAUUUUUCUGCAACCAAAUCUCAGAGAGUUCUGACUAUCAGAGAAAGCAGAGUGUGACGUCACAGAUAAACGUGGGAGCAAGACGUUGUGUGGUAUAAACCUUGGAAAACGACACUGAAACAGCUAUAACAGAAGACUACCUCAAUCCCUAUAUAAGAUAUAUAAUGCAGAUGGUGAAAGUAGUGCUGGUGACCGUUUUACUGACAUUGUGUGUGAUAGUGGACUGCUUACCCCACAGUAGCACAAAGAUGCGACAGAAGCGGGGCUUUAGACAGAGCAUUGUAGAUCGAAUGGGCCACGGAUUUGGAAAGAGAGCAAAUACAGAUCUAUAUGACCCCUAUCUCACAAAAACACCAAAUCUAAUGACAGCUGAUGAAUUAACGACUAAUAUUCUAAAUAGCGAAGAUCUAGCACAGGCCAUAGUCAAGAAAUUUAUCGACUUAGAUGGAGACGGAAUAAUAUCUACGGCCGAAUUAUUGCGGACCACCAGCUAACGCUGGCAAGGACCAAAUCGAGGUUUUGCUAUACUUGCAGUAACCAGAUAAAGCAAUAUAGAGAGCAGCUAGACAUUAUUAGCUGGCAGAAGAAUCAAUGCAACCGGCAAACACACACACAUACACAUAUCUACAAUUAUAUCAAUCACAAGAACUAUAUUAUGCCAUAAAAAUUCCAAUUAUCUACCCCCGAAAAUAGCUCGCAUUGUUUUGGUUUACUUACAUGCAGUAUAUUUACCCCUUUCAGUAAAAAAAGGGGAUCUUUUGUGCUUGAUUCGUUAGUAUGAAGAGUCUUUAAUUCAAACGAUGCGAGGAAGUCUUUCUUCAAAUACAAAGUUUCAUAUUUAUGUUGAUGUUGUUACAGAACAUUUCUAUUUUAUGAUUGUUGGUAUAAAAGUUUCCAUUUGAAUGCGAACAAAAAACGGUCCCAUGGUUCAAUUCGCAUUUAAAAAGGAAUUUUAUUUACAAAUCCCCUUGCAUAACUAUUUAUACUUUGCAUGUACAAUAUACACCGAUUUCUGUUAGCUAUAAUGUGAAUAAACCUGCAGAUGUCUGUAUAUACUUAUA